AGAACUUCUACAUUCAUCAUGAACACAAGGCUUGUGCAUAGCCGUGCACAGCUCAAUUAAGUACCACCUUCCUUCUUCACUUCCCCACCGACACUCACUCUCACCUAUCGUCUGACCUUGCCAUCUUAUCAAAAUGCCCUUUCAGUGGCUCGAGGAUUUGGGCAAGGUUAUCACAGUUCAUUCGAGGUGGUCCACAAAGAGCGGAUGCAAACAAGAUGCUGCCAUCCCCGCAGGCAUCCCUAGUGUAUUUCUCCUUCCAUCACCAGAGCUCCCUUUGAAUUCAUCGUUAGUGCAGCCUGUUUCUGCGAGCAGAGAACCAGAUCUCGAAGUCUCCACCAGUGUUUCUUCCACCGGAUACUCCUGGAGUGUAUCCCUUACCCGCGAAGCUUCCGAUAUGGCUCAGUUAGCUUUACCCUUGAUACAGGGCAUCGCAAGUUCAAUCCCACUUGUGGGUGCUCCCAUGUGAUUGGCUAUUGGUGGAUUAUUGUCAAUCCUUCAAAUUAUUGAUAAACGUAGUCAGAAUAAAGCGGACAUAGAUGCCCUCAAAUUACGACUUUAUCGACUAAGCGGCCAUUUGUGUAACGCCCCACCUGUCCUAGAUCCUCUUGAACAAUCCCGGAGGGAUUCCAUAGUUAGGAUGCUGCAAGAUACAUCAACUCAACUAACAAGGUUGCAUAAAC